AUGACAUCUAUUAUAAACAAUAAAACAUUAAACAAGGAAAAUUUUCCACAAUCAUUAAACACACAAGAAACCCAUAAUGAAAAAAUCCAUCUCUUUCCAGAUAUUCUACUUCCCUGGAAAGCAACUAUUUUAGCAUAUGCAUCUUUAUCUAUAAGUACUAGUAUAGGAUUUCCAAUUGAUGCUAUUAAAACUAGAAUGCAAUCUCAGUAUAAUUUCAAAGGCUAUGGUGAUUGUAUCAAGAAAACUUACAGAUUUGAGGGGGUGAGUGGUUUCUUCAGAGGAAUUAAAAUUCCUCUAUUUGCAAACGCUAUUUCAAGAUCUCUUACUAUACUGCUAUUUUUUAAAAUAAAACCAGUAUUAUACAAUUCAGUUCAAUACUUAGAAAAGAAAAAUUCUGUGAUACUUGAAGGUCAGAUAAGCUUUCUUUCAGGUGCCGCUUCAGCAGGAAUAAUUUCAUUUUUUACUUGUACUUUCGAUUCCUUAAAAAUUCAGUCCCAAAUUUUAAAAUUGGUACAGAAAGAUUGCUCAUAUGGUUCAACUUCUUCCCAAAUCCAGAAUUCAAGACAAGGCAUCUCCAUUCUUAAGACAUUAAAAAAGACUGUAAAAUAUAGGGGACUUGGUGGCCUUUAUUCAGGUUUUAAGUACCAUUUUCUAAGGGACACUUUAUCUGGUGGUAUAUAUUAUUCAACAUAUGAGGUAACAAAGCUCUUAUUGAAUUCAUUCCAAGAAAUUUCUUCAAAAACGUCUAUAUUUGUAUCAGGAGGGAUUGCAGGAGUAUUAGGAGGUUUGGUCGCAUUUCCUUUGGAUACAUUAAAGUCUCUAGUACAAAAAAAUGUUAUGUCGAACAUUAUCAGAAUCGAAAAUGGUUCGAAUCCUCUACCAUCGAAGACAAACAAUUUUCAAAUACUACAAAGAGGAGUGUACAGAGGCAUCAUAGCUAAUUUAUCUCGGGCAUUUAUAGUAAAUCUGAUAUUUUUUACUGUAUUUGAGUUUUCAAUGGCUCAUUUACAGUAA